CCAGAGCCUUCAAGGUUAAAAAAAAAAAAAAAGAAAAAUUUUGAUUUUCCCACUUCAGACGUAACAAAGAAGCAACAGCAACAAUGGUGAACAAAAACAGGGCAUUUUGGAUUUUAUUUCUCUUUAUUUCAGAGUUCUUCAUGGAGAUAGCAGUAGCAGCAGAUGAGCAGAAUUUAGGAACAGUGAUUGGAAUUGACCUCGGGACUACGUAUUCUUGUGUGGGAGUUUAUAAGAAUGGGCACGUGGAGAUUAUAGCGAACGAUCAAGGGAACAGAAUCACCCCAUCAUGGGUUACAUUCACUGAUACAGAGCGUUUGAUUGGAGAAGCCGCAAAGAAUCAAGCUGCUAUCAAUGCAGAACGCACUAUCUUUGAUGUUAAACGUCUCAUUGGAAGAAAAUUCAAUGACCCAGAGGUUCAAAGAGAUAUCAAGUUCUUGCCUUUUAAGGUGGUGAAUAAAGAUGGGAAGCCUUAUAUUCAAGUUCAUGUUAAAGGUGAGACUAAAGUUUUUAGCCCUGAGGAAAUCAGUGCCAUGGUUUUGACAAAAAUGAAGGAAACAGCUGAAGCUUACUUGGGAAAGAAGAUCAAAGAUGCUGUCAUCACAGUUCCUGCUUAUUUCAAUGAUGCGCAAAGGCAGGCUACUAAGGAUGCAGGCACCAUUGCCGGGCUAAACGUGGCUCGGAUCAUCAAUGAGCCUACAGCUGCUGCCAUUGCCUAUGGAUUGGACAAGAAAGGAGGAGAGAAGAACAUUUUGGUUUAUGAUCUUGGUGGUGGAACAUUUGAUGUUAGCAUUUUGACUAUCGAUAAUGGAGUGUUUGAAGUUCUUGCUACAAGUGGGGACACCCACUUGGGAGGAGAAGAUUUUGAUCAUAGAGUAAUGGAUUAUUUCAUCAAGUUGAUCAAGAAGAAAUAUAACAAAGAUAUUAGCAAGGAUAACAAGGCUUUAGGGAAGCUUCGUCGCGAAUGUGAGAGAGCAAAAAGAGCUUUGAGUAGCCAACAUCAAGUUAGAGUUGAGAUUGAGUCAUUGUUUGAUGGUGUUGAUUUCUCUGAGCCAUUGACAAGGGCAAGGUUUGAAGAGUUGAACAUGGACUUGUUUAAGAAAACAUUAGGACCAGUGAAGAAGGCUUUGGAGGAUGCAAAUUUGAAGAAGUCUGAUAUUAAUGAAAUUGUUCUUGUUGGAGGAAGCACUCGAAUCCCCAAGGUUCAACAAUUGUUGAAGGACUUGUUUGAUGGCAAAGAGCCUAACAAGGGUAUCAAUCCGGAUGAGGCUGUAGCAUACGGUGCUGCAGUUCAGGGUGGAAUUCUUAGCGGUGAAGGCGGUGAAGAAACCAAAGACCUCCUUCUUCUAGAUGUUGCUCCUUUGAGCCUUGGCAUUGAAACAGUUGGAGGUGUCAUGACUAAGUUGAUCCCCAGGAAUACUGUUAUCCCAACUAAGAAAUCUCAGGUUUUCACCACUUACCAAGACCAGCAAACCACAGUUUCCAUCAAGGUUUAUGAAGGAGAAAGAAGCCUAACAAAAGAUUGUCGUGAACUUGGAAGAUUUGACCUAACUGGUAUUCCACCUGCUCCAAGGGGAGUUCCUCAAAUUGAAGUCACCUUUGAGGUUGAUGACAAUGGCAUCCUCCAUGUGAAAGCAGAGGAUAAAGCAGCAAAGAAAUCACAAUCCAUUACCAUCACCAACGACAAGGGGCGUCUCAGUCAGGAAGAGAUUGAAAGGAUGGUGAAAGAAGCUGAGGAAUUCGCCGAAGAAGACAGGAAAGUGAGGGAAAAGAUCGAUUCCAGGAACAAGCUAGAAACAUACAUCUACAACAUGAGGAGUAGCAUAGAUGACAAGGACAAACUUGCAGACAAGAUUGAUUCUGAUGACAAAGAGAAGAUUGAGAACACCUUGAAAGAAGCUCUUGAAUGGUUAGAUGAUAACCAAAAUGGAGAGAAAGAAGAUUUUGAUGAGAAACUGAAGGAAGUGGAGGCAGUGUGUAAUCCAAUCAUAAAACAAGUCUAUGAAAAGAGUGGUGGUGGAAGCUCAGCUGGAUCAGCAGAGGAGGAAGAACCUACUGAUGAGUUGUAAAAAAUUGUUGAGAAAAAGAGGAUUAAGAUUCAUUUCUUUUAUUUUGUUACUUGUAAUUUUGAUUAACCUUUUGCAAUAUGUUCCAAAGUAUAUGAAAAUAUGUAAAAGUCUUUCCUUUUUGUGUUCUUUUAGCA